AACCCCUCGCCUUCCCCGCGGUGUCCCUCCCCUCCCUCCUCCUUUCCCUGUACCCUCCUCUUUUUUUCUUCCCUUCUCCCUUCCCUCUUUAAUUCCCCCAAUCUAGGGAUCCUCAACUCUAGUAAUCUUACUACAGGUGCAUUAGACCAGCCUUAUGGAAGUGUAAAAUCUAACCGCUGAUGUUGCAGCCGUCGCCGCCGUUCUCCUCGGGGACUUGGCCUACACUCCUUCUUAAUGAUCUUUGGGGCUCUUCAGAGGUAAUCCGGAGUUUGGCCAGGAUGAGAUUAUCCUAAUGCUGCACCUCACAGCUAUUAGUUUGUUUGCCUCCAUCAUAACAGCGACACCUCAGGCUGUGGAAGAAGUGACCCCAGUCCGGAGAACAGGAGCUACCCUCAUUGCAAUCACAUCACCCCUCUGCAGAUAUCUCCCAUCUCUAAAGUGGGGAAGCAAAUAUGUCACUUACUCGAUGUAAAAGAGAAAAUGAUAAGGCGGAUGACUUUACAUCAUUUACUCUAUGCAAGGAAGACAAUGAUAAGGAGGACAAGUUUGAAGACGCCUAUGAAAUUAUCCCUGUGGCAACAACAAUGAAUCUAAUGUCUUCCCUGGAAGAAUGCACAACUGGAUUGUAUUUGUUUCUAAAUAACAGAUUCUCAGAUGCCAUCAACUUCAUUCAUCCAUGGUCGAAAAACAGCAUAUACCAUGCUCUGAUUUACGGUAUCCUUAUGGUUGUCAAGGCCAUCUUGACUUUUGAUCCACAGGAUAUAGAGAUUGGAAUGACUACUGUAAAGGAAGCUUUGAAAACCUGUAACAGUUUCCGAAGAAAAUCUAGGGUGACGAAUUUUCCUCACCUAGUGAGUAAACAGGGACUAAGGGCUGUCAAAGAGGUGGAACUGCAUGCAGAAGUGUGCUAUGCUGAGUGUUUGAUCUUGAAAUCCGCCGUAACAUUUAUACAGGAUGACAGCAUGCUUGGUUUUCUUAAAAGUGGGAUCAAUGUCGGGUUAAGCUACCAAAUAUACAAAGACUGCCAACAAGUAUUAACACAGAUACCUAAAAGCCAAAGCAAAACCGAUAGACACCUGGUUGGAGGAGUAAAAUUUGGACUUGGAGCAUUCAAUUUGAUGUUAUCACUGGUGCCACCAAAGAUACUUAAGUUACUCAACAUUGUUGGCUAUCAAGGUGAUAGAGAGGUAGGCUUGACUUUGCUUCAUGAGAGUGCAUCUGAAUCCCAUAUAAAUAAUAUCUUAAGUAUUUUGACGCUACUCUUUUAUUACAAUUAUAUCUAUGUAGCUUUUGGUGUUGAAAUGGGUUCCAGCUCUACCAUAGAGGAUCUCUUCCUAAUCUACCUCCAGAAAUUUCCAAGGUGUGUCAUACUUAAAUUUUUUCAAGCACGUUUUAGUAUGCUGAAAGGAAGUUUUAAAAAUGCACAGUUAACAUUAGAGGAGUGCGUUUUUAUUCAGAACGAAUGGAAGCAGAUUCACCACCUCUGUUACUGGGAACUCAUGUGGUGCCACAUUUUUCUGCAGGAGUGGAAGCCAGCUUACCACUACACCAACCUGCUAUCUCACAGCAGCAGGUGGUCCCAGGCAACCUACUUGUACAGUAAAGCUAUGCUACUGGCCUUGCUUCCUUCUGGUUUUGCGAAAUCAGUAAAUGAGGACAUGAACUCUCUCUUCUUAAAAGUGGACAACCUGAAAAUCAAAUUUUCAGGAACUCCUGUGCCAAUAGAAAAGUUUGUUGCUGAGAAGGGUCAGCGCUAUGGUACUACAACAGGCUGGUUUACAGCGCAGCCCAUUCUGGAAUUCAUUUAUGCCUGGAGCGGUUUCCGAGUCAUGAGCAAAAAACUACACCUCAUUUCAUGCUGGCUAUCAAUAAUUGACAAAGGAGAAGACUUUUUACGAAAAAAUCCAAAUAAGGAGUAUGGCACAGAUGACAUGACUUUGCUCAAUUUACUGAAAGGUCUCUGCCUGAAACACUUAGGCAGAUACUCAGCAGCUGAGCAGUACUUUAAUAGUGUCAUUGAAAAGGAGAAAUUGUUAAAAUAUGACCAUUAUCUGGUGCCGUACACGUACUAUGAACUGGGCAUUCUACACUAUCUGAAAGGCGAUUAUGCCAGGGCAACAAAACACCUAGACAACAUAAGAAACUACAAAGAUUACUCCAUGGAAGCGCGAUUACAGUUUAGGGCUCACAUAGCCCUUGAGCAAAUAGCUAAAGAAAAGUGAUUUAGACACCAAGUGUGGUUUUGUUUAUUAUGAGUGAAGCGUCUACAGCCAGCAUGAUAGUUAACAGGUAGAAGUUUGUGAAAGAAAUCCAAGAGGCAGCUGCUAAGAAUCUGACCAGUAACAUGUAAGAAAGGAAUUACUUUUUCCUCUUCUCCGUACCUAUAAAAUGGAGUGUCUUAGCCUGGCAAAUGGAGUGAUGUGCAUUCUUGAAAAAGAAAAGGCAAAUGACAUACAUUAUAAAAUAUAGUCUCUUAUAUAGUUAUGAAUUUAUCAAUCAUGUUAGAGAACAUUUUCAAAACCUCAAAAAAUGUUUUUUAACAUUUCACUAGAUAAUGUAUACCACUCGCAAAUAACAUAGGAAAGGUAGCUACACUAGGAAUCCCAGUGCCCUGUUAAUGUUAUUUAAUCAGUAAAGACUUUUUAAAAAGUCUUUGCAAAAAAGACUUUAAGGUCUUACUGACAUUUCAAAACAAUGAUGUACUGAACACUAUAGACCCUGAAUGGUUUUCCCUUAUACACAGUAAUGUUUAUUGGCUUUUUACACCAGACAAGAUACUUGCCCUGUGUGCUCGGUAUAUUUCACCUUUUAUCAUUAGGAAGCUCAAAUAUGGGUCUAAUAAUUUGCCACAGAAUAGAGAAGAAACAACACUCCUCUUCACACACACACAUCCUUUGAAGAUAAUUUGAAGAGGACAACAGGAUAAAUGUGUUUGGUAGGAAUAAAAGAAGACAAGAGCAGGCUGUUGGAGGGAGAGUUUAGUUGCCAUGUAGCCUUGCCUUUAGCUGCCCUCUCUAAAGUGUAAUUCCUAUUAAGACCAGUUCUUCAAUGUAAUUAAACCACUUGCACCUAUCCUGUUGACAUUAGUGGACUAAUCUGAGAGUAAAUGGCAGCUGUAGGAAUGGGGCGUGGUACUGUUUUACUUGCCUGAGGCAUAAAAUCAGUCACUAGUUUCUAGACCGUUAAGUCUGACUAAGUGUAUCCUUGCAGUCACCCUUAGAAACAGAAAUCAUCGGGCAAGUUUGCUUUGCUACAACACAGGAGUGAAACAUGUUAUCGUAAUGCUUUGGGUGUCCAAACAACCAACUGGAGCACAAUGAGGAUCCAGUAUUUCAGGUUCAGAAAUGCUUGGGUUGAAAAAUAUGUUUCUCAUUAAUUAAAAAUAGACUUUCAGAUGCACAAUUAUACUUGAGUUAUUUGCCAUUAUUUAAUAAUGACAGUACCGUAUAGAGGUUAAGUGGGAGGCUCUGGCCUGAUCCCCUGGAUUUGUAUCUUAUGUAGCUGUCACUAACAAGCUGUGUGGCCUCAGGCCUCUGUGCCUCAGUUUCCUACCUAUAAAAUUGGGAUAAUAGUUCCUAUCUCAUGGUUUUCCUGUGUCCAUUAAGAUUGAGUCAAUGCACAUUUAUUACCACUACUACUACUACUACUAAGAAUAAUAUAUUGGGCCGGCUGAGUAGCGCGUUGGUUAAGAGUU